ACUGAAGUUGACGUCAUGGGGUCAGGCAGUUCCAGCGGCGCCUGGCUCCUCUCAGUGACGUAGCCAGCUGCCAACGGCGCCGCGGCCUUGUAGCUCCGCAGUAGCGGCGCCUGGCGGGCUCCAGGCCCGCCUGGAACAGCCCACGGGCCCCCCGACACACCUUCGGCCGCACCAAUCGGCGCGCCGCGCGGCGGGGGCUCGGCGGCGCUCGGCCAAUGGGCGGGCAGCUCCGAGGUCCGCGGCCGCCAGGUACACAGUCCAGCGGCCGAAAUGACGCCAUGGCUGUGUAUAUAAUCCCGGUCUCCAUGCGGUAGGGCAUCUAUUGUCAGGUCUUCUGCGGAAGGCGGGCCACUUGAGGAAGACUUCUUGGCUCUGCCAGCGUCCGACAGUUCGGCUCAUCACUGCUCUCAGCGGAUCCUGCUGCAGACAACAUGGGCGUCCUCACACAGAAUAUGCCGCAUCGGGAUGACGGACCGACCCGUCUGGUCCGUCCCGUGCCGGCGGCGCCGAUCCAGCAGUCCAGCGCCGACCCGCUGGCCGUGCUGCCAGCAAAGGUACGUCAGUUCGUGGAGCGCGCCGUCACACUCUGCCAGCCGGACCGGGUGCACGUCUGCGACGGCUCUGAGGCCGAGAACGCCGCCCUGCUGCGUCAGAUGCAGGCGGUCGGCAUGAUCGAGCCGCUGCCCAAGUACGACAACUGUUGGCUGGCGCGUACCGACCCGGCCGACGUGGCACGCGUCGAGUCCAAGACGUUCAUCGUCACGGAGCAGAAGCGCGAAGCGGUGCCCAUCCCCGGGAAGGGCGUUCGCGGCACCCUGGGCAACUGGAUGUCGCCCGAGGAUCUCGAGGAGGCAGUGGCCGACCGCUUCCCCGGCUGCAUGCGCGGCCGCACGCUCUACGUGGUGCCGUUCUCCAUGGGACCUGUCGGCUCGCCGCUCAGCAAGAUCGGCAUCGAGCUCACCGACUCGCCAUACGUGGUCGCCUCGAUGCGCAUCAUGACCCGGAUGGGCGGCAAGGUCCUGGAGACGCUGGGUGACGGCGACUUCGUCAAGUGCCUGCACUCGGUGGGUCUCCCAGAGCCGGUCACCGGUCCCUCCGGUAUCCGGUGGCCGUGCAACCCGGCAAAGACGCUCAUCGCACACGUGCCCGAGCGCCGCGAGAUCCUCUCCUUCGGCAGCGGCUACGGCGGCAACUCGCUGCUCGGCAAGAAGUGCUUCGCGCUGCGCAUCGGAUCGACGAUCGCCCGGCGCGAGGGCUGGCUGGCCGAGCACAUGCUGAUCCUGGGCAUCACCAACCCGGCCGGUCACAAGCGCUACAUCGCCGCCGCAUUCCCGUCCGCCUGUGGCAAGACCAACCUGGCCAUGCUGCAGCCGUCGCUGCCCGGCUACAAGGUGGAGUGCGUCGGCGACGACAUCGCCUGGAUGCGUUUCGACAAGAACGGCGUGCUGCGCGCCAUCAACCCCGAGAACGGCUUCUUCGGCGUGGCGCCGGGCACCUCAUCCACCACGAACCCGGUGGCGAUGGCCACCGUGGCCUCCAACACGAUCUUCACCAACGUGGCGCGCACGGCCGACGGCGGCGUCUACUGGGAGGGCCUGGAGAAGGAGGUGGACACGUCCGCCGGCGUCACCGACUGGCAGGGCCGGCCCUGGACGCCCGGCAGCGGCGCACCCUCCGCGCACCCCAACAGUAGGUUCUGCGCGCCGGCCGGCCAGUGCCCCAUCAUCGACCCGCAGUGGGAGUCGGCCGAGGGGGUGCCCAUCUCGGCCAUCCUGUUCGGCGGCCGCCGGCCCGAGGGAGUGCCGCUCGUCUACGAGGCCUUCAACUGGGAGCACGGCGUCCUGCUCGGAGCAGCCAUGAGGUCUGAGGCGACAGCCGCCGCCGAGCACAAGGGCAAGGUGAUCAUGCACGACCCGUUCGCGAUGCGGCCGUUCUUCGGCUACAACUUCGGCCACUACCUGUCGCACUGGCUGUCGAUGGAACAGCGCGGCCAGCGGCUGCCCAAGAUCUUCCACAUCAACUGGUUCCGCAAGUCGCCCUCGGGCCAGUUCCUGUGGCCCGGUUUCGGCGAGAAUGUGCGCGUGCUGGACUGGGUGCUGCGCCGGGUGGAGGGCGAGCCGUGCGCGCGCCGCUCGGCCGUCGGCUGGCUGCCGGCCGAGGGCGCGCUCCGGCUGGACGGCCUGCCGCAGCGGCCCGACCUUGAGCAGCUGUUCAGCCUGCCGGGCGACUUCUGGCGCCGCGAGGUGGAGGAGGUGGGCCGCUACCUGGCCGACCAGGUCGGAGACGACCUGCCCAACCAGGUGGCGCACCAGCUGGACGAGCUGCGGCAGCGAGUGGCAGAGCUGGAGUAGACGGCCGCGGCGUCUCACGGCGAGGAGGUGAGAGAUCAGGCGACCUCCAAACGAUGCCGAAUCAAGCAAGAGACUUUGUUGCAGCAGACGGGUUUGCGGUCUUUUUUGGGGCCAUUACCGUUGAUUGUAUUUUUACUUUUUAACAUGUGUUAGCGACUCACGAACGACGCGCAGGUUAAGUGCAAUAACCCUGGUUAGUCACACUGUAUUAUGUUUGACUGCAGCUUGCAGCAAAGCAGACCCGAUGACUAACAGUGAUGUAAAUGAUAUUUUGUAUGUUAUUGACUAUUGAAGUAUUGAGCAAGUGGAAAUGCAAGCGCUUGAACGGCAGAUAGUGUAAUGUCUGUACAUAAUGAUGUUUGAGAUGUUUUUCUCGAGAAUAUGUGACGCUUUUCAUAGCAUGCUUACCAUCUGUUGUAUGUGAUGUGCAAUUCAUUGUGCGCCAUGCGUACGAACGUAGUUACUUAACCCACGCGUCUGUUUGUACUUAAGAAUGUUUAAUGCAUAUUGCAUCGUUUGUAAUAUAUGUCCGUUUAUUGCGCAGUGCUGUUUGUUGAGUUUAUGGGGCGAACCAUAAAUAUGAACGUUGCGAAAUGGCGCCCGCGGUGUGUGCCGAAUAUUGCAUGUUCUAUUUGUACCAUCAUGUGACAUAGAUGUCUUGUGAAACCCAAAGCUUGACAUGUUUUGAGUGUGCCAUAAUAUAUAUCCUUAUAGUACCUA